AUGGCGAAAAAGCAUUAUGUUGCCGGUUACGAUGCAUUCAUUGCAUUUAUGAAAGAUUUUAAGGGAAACGGAGAACCAGUUAAUCUACUCUUCACGGGUGCUAAGCUCGACAACGGCCAAAGCUGGUGUGGAGAUUGCGUCGAAGCGGCACCUUUUAUUGAAAAAGCAGUAGAGGAGCAUGCUCCCGCAAACUCGCACUUUAUCUACGUUGAUGUUGGCGAUCGAUCUACCUGGAAAGACAUGAACAAUCCCUUUCGAAAGGAUACCAAUACGCAUCUUUCGGUAAUUCCAACAAUGAUACGCUGGAAAAAUCCCCAGCGUCUGGAAGGAGAACAAUGCGCCAAGGCUGAUCUGUUGGAAUUGUUCUUUUCGGAGGACGAUUAACAAGAGCGCUUAAAAAAUUGUUCGAUCGAUAAUGAGUUAGAAUAUGCAACUAUAUUUUUCCAAAUUAUAAAAUAUCAUUU